GCGCUACAGGCGACCCUGUGCGGGCGUAGACAGAGUUUGUUCAGGUACAUAACGCUCAGCUGCGCCAGGCACAGAGCAGCAGUGGCGUCGUCACGCAGUUUAUAGUAUGGUGCCCGAGUAUACUCGUCGCUGAGACGCAGCGGCGGUCUGUGAGGUCGUUUGUGACUAGCCGCCGCCGUCUGGCCGGCUGAUUCGCCAUCAGAAACCUUGACAUAUGGGGGUCGUCCAUUCAGACCUUUUUCUCCACGCUCGCCCCGUGGCAUUAUUCUCGCCCGAGACGGCAAGGCACCACCCGGCCGGCGAACGAGCCAAGAGAAUCCAGGAUCCAUCCUCUCCCGCGCAUACUUAUGUUCCCCCGCUUCGCCCGGUGUCCUCCUUGGUCGUGGCCCCAUCUGCCAGUGACGACGUCCCCGAAGAGAGUGCUUUCGCACCGCCUCGCUCACGCCCCGCCAGCCCGCAACGAUGUCCCAGUACUCGGACGAAGCGCGCCUCGCCCGCCUGGGCUACAAGCAGGAGUUCAAACGGCACUUCACCCCCCUCGAGGUCUUCGGCAUCUCCUUCAGCAUCAUCGGGAUCUUCCCCUCCAUCGCGUCCGUGCUCGUCUAUGCGCUUCCUAACGGCGGCCCUGUUGCCCUGGUCUGGGGUUGGGCACUGUGCGCGUUCUUCCUGAUGUUCAUCACGAUGGCCCUUGCCGAACUGGGCUCGGCCGCCCCGACGUCCGGCGGAUUGUACUACUGGUCACACAAGUAUGCGCCACCAAAGUGGAAGAACUUCCUGUCGUGGAUCUGUGCAUACUCUAACACCAUGGGCAACAUCGCUAGCGUCGCCUCGACGGACUGGGGAUGCGCGGUUCAGCUCCUGGCAGCCGUCAGCAUCGGUUCCAACCUGACCUACGUGCCCACCACGGCGCACAUCUUUGGUGUCUACGCCGCGCUGCUGUUCACUCAUGGUUUUGUGGCGUCGAUGGCUACAAGAGUUCUGGCGCGCUUGCAGACCGUCUUCAUCGCGUUAAAUGUCUUGCUCUGUUUGGCGAUUAUCAUCGCCGUUCCGGCUGCCACGCCGAGCGAAUUUAGGAACCCUGCGAGCUAUGCGUUCGGAGGUUUCACUAACUUAAACGGAUGGCCUAAUGGAUUCGCCUUCAUUCUCAGCUUCCUCGCGCCUUUGUGGUCCAUUGGUGCAUUCGAUUCGUCUCUGCACAUGAGUGAGGAGGCAACCAAUGCGAGUAUAGCAGUCCCAUGGGCGAUGAUGGGAGCCUGCGGCAUCGGUGGUAUUCUCGGCUGGGCUAUCAACGUUGCCCUCGCCUUCUGCAUGGGCAGGGACAUCGAGGAUAUCAUGUCAGACCCUAUUGGACAGCCAAUGGCGACGAUCUUCUUCAACAGCUUCGGUCAGCGCGGCACGCUAGCCAUCUGGUCCGUUGUGGUGUUCAUGCAGUGGCUGAUGGGCGCCGACAUGGCGGCGGCGUGCUCGCGCCAGAUCUUCGCGUUCGCGCGCGACGGCGGCCUGCCGCUCUCGCGGUACCUGUACCGCAUGAACGCGCGCACGCACACGCCCGUGAACUGCGUGUGGUUCGCGUGCGGGACGUCGCUACUGCUCGGCCUGCUCGCGUUCGCAGGGCCCGCGGCGAUCGGCGCCGUCUUCAGCCUCGUGCCCACCGGCCAGUUCGUCGCGUACAGCAUCCCGAUCGCGUGCCGCUUCUUCGGCGGCGCCGAGUGGGUCCCCGGGCCGUUCUCGCUCGGGCGCUGGGGCUUCCCCGUCGCGCUCGUCGCGCUCAUCUGGAUGGCCUUCUCGAUCGUCAUCCUCAUGUUCCCGACGACGCCGGCGGUCGACAGCGCGGACAUGAACUACACCGCGCUCGUCCUCGGCGGUUGGCUCCUGCUCUGCGUCGCGUACUACUACUUCCCGCGCUACGGCGGCGUCCACUGGUUCACGGGCCCCGUCGCGAACAUCGACGACGUCCGCCCCGAGAGCGGCGGCGCCGAGAGCGCCGAGAGCGUCGACGAGAAGGUCAAGUUCGAGCAGGAGUGAACGCGCGUGUGUAUAUCUUAAUGCCCUAGACGUCCUUGACACGACGCGUUUUUGUGCUACGAUUUUUUUAUCCUACUGCGCCUUGUAACGAAGUCUGUCCACAAACUGCC